UAAGUAACCUUACGUUCGGUCUCAGAAAAAUGGCUUCCGAAUACCUGAGUGGUUAUCAAAUACCGCUUAUAACAACGUCAGGAGCCCAGCCGGAGAAGAUUCGCGAGAUUGUAAACAUUGAGCUGACUGCGCCACCAACGUCUUCAGUCAGUGCAAAGCGUUUGCUGCGUGCCGGAAAGGAAAAGCCAGUGGCAAAAAUGGAGACAGAUUCAUCGAUGAAGGAUAAUGAACCAAUUCCUGCGGUCGCAUCCCAGCGCAAGCUAAAAAGGAAACUAAACGAAUCGGAGGAGUGCGGCGAGGGCAACAAUUUGGCGAUUUUUCAGGGCCGUGAUGAAAGCUACCCGGACGAGCUGAACAAACUGAUUCAGCCGCUGUCCUGUCAAUUAUGCAAGGCACAGAUGACCUCUAUGAAAAGUGCCAAGGAUCAUUAUGAGUCCAAGGCACACGAUCGUCACAUUAGCGCGUGGCUGGCCAAAAACUACACCGAGGUCGGUUUGCAGACGCCGCCCAUCAAACGCCUCGUGAAACAGGGGCCCACCGGCCCGAAUGCAUUCCACUGUAAUCUGUGCGACCUGGCUCUCACAUCGAUGACUCAUGCCCGCCAGCACUAUGCCGGACGCAAGCAUCAGCUGGUGGUACAGAAGCGUUCAAAGCCGUCUGGAGCUGGAUUCUACAAUGAGGAAGGCAAAUGGGUGCGCACUGGCACAAAAGCCGAAAUAGUUCCAGACGACGGUCGGUUUGGCAUUGGCGAACUGUUCAUCAAGGCAGCGGCUGCAGCAGAACUGCAGGAAGUUUCCGCCAAUGGAGAGCAGCAGCAGCUGGAAGUUAAGAUACCUGUUGUAGACGAAAGCCUCACCUGUAAAGUAUGCAAAAUCAGCGUAACAUCCGCAUCGCAAAUCAAAAUGCAUCUCGAUGGUGCCAAGCACCAGAAAAAUCUACGCAAGCAGAUCCUUGAGGAGGAGGCAGCCACUCUUGACGCAAACGGCGGCCAGCAGCAGAAUUCACUAGCAGCUGCGCUCGCCACCGAUACGAAUGAAGACCUAUCCAUGUAUCGUACCCCUUCCGGGUCAUAUUAUUGCAAGCUAUGCAAUAAGGCCAUGAAUCACAUAUCCAUAUUGCAGCAGCACUUGCUGGGCAAGAAGCAUCUAAAGACUGUGCGUCAGCAGACAGAGAAAACGAUCUCCCAAUAAGCAAUAAACCCAACUAUGUAUGAAUAAAGCAAUAGUUGCUUAACACAUGUCAGCCACAUUCAUCACGAAUUGUUCCCACAUUCUUGCUAUUCACACAAAUUUGUUAUACCUCAGCACCUUUUUGGCGCAAACGAAUGCGAUUUGUCAGAUGUUCAUUGUCAAUCUCCUAUAUCUAGUAUCCUUAUCAUUGUCAUUGUCGAGGAUAUUCUAAUAUUGUCACGAUAUGUGUAACGCCCAGCAGACCCCAUUAAGUAUGUAUGUAUUCUUGAACAGUAUCAAAAGCUCCAUCGACGAUAUAGCCAUAUCCGGCUGGCUGUUUGUUUCUAGGCAACCCAGGCUAGAGUUCUGAUUCAAUCUGCAUAUAUAAAAGUGGGUCUGAUCGCAUAUCUGUCUAUGUCCUGUCCCUCUAGCUUAUGCUUCUUGGCCCAUAUAUUUUCUAGCACAAUCUAAUCAAGCCCGGAUAGCUUAUCAAAUAGCUUGCCAUUUGGAUUUAUGUGUGAAAUCAGCUAGGAUUUUGAAUGAUCAGUUUUCUUGUUUUAUAUACAUGAUAUGCUAUACACAUAGAAACAUGCAGACGGAAAUGGCUAUAUUUAGUUAUAGGCGCUUAUGUACAUAUUUGAAGAGGAGCUGCAGAAGGGAAUUUGAUUGUUCACAGACAUUUGUAAAAGUUGAAAAAUUGAAUGUACAUCCGAAUACGCUAGUCAAUAUUUUAGUUAUAACUAUAAAAUACGUUUUUAUCUCAUUGUACGAAUCAUUUUGUGCUAACUACUUGAUA